GAUUAUUGCCAUGUGUGGAGAUUAUUAUGUUGGUGGACGUCGCUUUGCUUCACUCUCGGAUCUAAUUGGUUAUUACAGUCAUAUGUCUUGUUUGUUGAAGGGGGAAAAAUUGUUCUUUCCAGUAGCACCUCCAGAGCCUGUGGAGGAUAGAAGGAGAGUUCGAGCAAUUCUUCCUUACACCAAAGUGCCAGAAACUGAUGAAAUAAGUUUCCUUAAAGGUGAUAUGUUUAUUGUUCAUAAUGAAUUGGAAGAUGGCUGGAUGUGGGUUACAAACCUACGGACAGAUGAACAAGGUCUUAUAGUAGAAGACCUGGUAGAGGAAGUGGGAAGAGAAGAAGAUCCACAUGAAGGCAAAAUAUGGUUCCAUGGGAAGAUCUCCAAACAAGAAGCUUACAAUUUGCUGAUGACAGUUGGUCAGGUGUGCAGUUUCCUUGUGAGGCCUUCAGAUAAUACACCUGGUGAUUAUUCACUUUAUUUUCGGACCAGUGAAAAUAUUCAACGUUUUAAAAUAUGUCCAACAUCAAGCAAUCAGUUUUUGAUGGGAGGCCGAUAUUAUAAUAG